AUGGAGAACAUUUCAGAGGUGACUGAAUUCACUCUUGUGGGGUUAACAGAUGUCCAAGAGUUACAGAUCCCACUCUUCAUCAUUUUCUCUCUCAUCUACCUUACGACUCUGCUUGGGAACCUGGGGAUAAUCAUAUUGAUUCUGUUGGACUCUCGACUCCACACUCCCAUGUACUUUUUUCUUAGUAAUCUCUCCCUGGUGGAUUGUGUUUAUCCCUCAGCUGUCACUCCCAAGGUAAUGGUAGGGUUUCUCACAGGAGAUAAGAUCAUAUCCUACAAUGCAUGCGCUGCCCAAAUGUUCUUCUUUGCAGCCUUUGCCACUAUUGAAAGUUUCCUCUUGGCCUCAAUGGCCUUUGACCGCCACGUAGCAGUGUGUAAACCCCUUCAUUACACCACCACUAUGACGACUACUGUGUGUGCCAUACUUAUCACUGGCCCCUACAUCUGUGGACUCUUGGAAUCUUCCAUACACGUUGCUUUCACUUUUCACCUCUUCUUCUGUCGUUCCGAUGUCGUGAAUCACUUCUUCUGUGACAUUCCCCCACUGCUGGCUCUCUCUUGUUCUGAUAUCAACAUAAAUGAGAUGGUGCUCUUCGCACUGGCAGCGUUCAAUGUCUUUUUCACUCUCCUGGUUAUCUUGAACUCUUAUGUGUUCAUUUUUAUUGCUAUCCUGAGGAUGAACUCAGCUGAGGGACGGAAGAAGGCUUUCUCUACUUGUACAUCCCACCUAACCACAGUCUCCAUUUUCUAUGGGACAAUCAUCUUCAUGUACUUGCAGCCAAGUUCUAGUCAUUCCAUGGACACAGACAAAAUAGCAUCCGUGUUCUACACCAUGAUCAUCCCCAUGCUGAACCCCCUGGUCUACAGCCUGAGGAACAAAGAGGUCAAGAGUGCACUCAUGAAGAUGGUUAGAAAAGUAAAGUCUUCUUUGGGCUUCACCUACUAA